AUGUUGCUUGGUUCCGCUUGUUCCAGCGCCUCCGAAUCAACGGCUGAGGUGUCUCACUAUUACAACAUAACGCAGCUAGCAUACGCGGCCUCAUCGCCGAUACUGUCGGACCGUGAGAGGUUCCGAAAGUUUUUCAGACUGUCUGCCCCCGACACAACGAUGAUUCCAACUAGGAUAGACAUUAUGAGGACUUUCAAUUGGAAGAAAAUAGCUACCAUACACGAGGCGUUGGAGUUCUUCUCAGUGUCGAUGGAUGACUUUAUCAAGGACGUGCAAAAGACAGACAUUGAAAUAAUUUCUCAAGAAGUAUUUGUACAUGACCCCUUUGACCGAGUCAAAAAUUUAAAGGACCGAGAUGCCCGGAUCAUAGUGGCAGGAAUGUACGAGGAUAAGGCCAGGAUGGUGCUGUGUGCAGCAUACAAAGUUGGUCUGUUUGGACCAAAAAUUGUGUGGAUCUUACAAGGCUGGUUUUCGGAGGUGUUUUGGAAGCAGGGCUUGGAGAGCAUUUCGUGCACGGCGGAGGAACUAAGUCAAGUAGCAGAGGGCGUUUUUCUCAUACGCCCUGUUUUCAACAACCCUAUAGAAGAGCGAGGAAUUGCAAAUAUGACAAACUCGGAAUUUAUGCAGAGGUACCUGAACCAUCCUGAGUACAGUAAAGAAACGCAGUCGUACGACUUGAUAGCGGCACAGUGUUACGAUCACAUUUGGCUUGCAGCCCUGGCAUUAAACUGUGCAGACGAGCGGCUUAAAACGAUGGUAUUUAAUGAAACAAAGAGCAGUCUAUGCCACUCAAAGGGCUCCGGUUUUGUUUAA